AUGACCAACGGUUCAAAGAAAUCAAAGAAUGCAGUAGACUAUAGUGUAAUGUUUCCAACACCACCUUAUUACUUUCCAAGAAGGUUUUUAUUGGUAAUAUUGGGUUUUUUAGGUUUGGCAUUUGCAUAUCUUGUUCGUGUACUCAUUAGUACAUGUAUUACAGAUAUGAGCGAGCAGUAUGGCUGGGACAGUACAUUCAAAGGUAUAUUAUUAUCAAGUUUUUUCAUGGGUUAUGUUGCCACUCAGCUCUUGGCUCAAUUUUUUAACGAAAGAUUUGGAGGUAAAAGAACUUUGUUAGUUGGUUUAACUCUCAGUAUUGCAUCUACUCUUUUAAUUCCAGUUGCUGCCAAAAGCAAGGGUGCUGUAGUUGCCAUUAGAAUUUUCACUGGUUUAACCCAAGGUAUCACUUUCCCAACAUUAAAUUGGUUAAUUAGUAGAUGGUUCCCAUCCUCACAAAGAUCAUCAUCCGCUGCUUCAAUUUGGUCAGGUGUAUAUAUUGGUACAAUUUUUAUUGAUUUUGUAGCACCAAUUAUUUUAGAUUACCUUAGUUGGCAAGCAACCUUUUAUAUUUUUGGUGGAUCUGGUUUGAUUUGGUCCAUCUUAUGGUUGAUUUUCAUCCGUGAUCAUCCAAAAGACGUACCAAUUGGAAUUCAUCCAAAUGAAGUCGCAUUCAUUGCCUACAAUGAAGAGCAAGGUUCAACUGAAACCUCACCACUUUUAACAAACAAUGCCGAAGACGAUUUCUUUAGUCCAAAUGGCGCAAGCUUUAAUCAAGAAAAUAGAGCAUCUGCUAAAGAGGAACCUGAAUUACCAUUCCCAGUAGUUCUUAAAGCUUUAUUAACAUCAAGAGGUCUUUUAGCAUUAUUAUAUUAUAAUUUAGUAACAAGUUGGGGUUUCUAUUUAUUAUUAAUGUGGUAUCCAACAUAUUUAUUUAGUUUACUUGGUUAUAAUAAAGGUACCUUAUAUGCAUUUUACAAUGCCGUUCCAUACAUGUUAUCUUUUGUUAUUGGUAAUGGUUCUGGUUUACUUGCUGAUAAAUUAUUGGCUAAGGGUGUCCGUAAAAUUUUUAUUCGUAAAGGAUUUGGUAUCGUUGCAUCUAUUGUCCCAGGUAUUUUCUUAUUUUUAGCCGCUUUCCUUAAAGAUGCCACUCCAUCUGCUAAAAUUAUCUUUUUAACAAUUGUAAUUUGUUGCAAUGGUUUUAACGCUGGUGGCACACAAAUGGUUACACUUGAUCUUUCACCACGUUACGCUGGUAUUACUAUGGGUAUCACAAAUACUGUUGCUACUAUUCCAGGUAUUUUAGGUCCAUUAAUUGCAGGUAUUUUAUUAGAAGCCUUCAAUGGUUCUUGGGAUCAAAUCUUUUCAAUGUCUGCUGCAUUCUAUAUUAGUGGUGGAAUUGUUUGGGUACUCCUUGCUAAAUGCGACAAGGUUAUUUAA